GUGUGCAACCUGCAGAUGCAAAUUGUUCGAAAUGUGAUGGUCAUCGUAAAUUAAAUUAUCGAAAGGAUCGUGAUUCUGCUUCUUGUAGAUGUCAUAAAUGCAAGAUGAACAGUUCGUCAUUUGAAGUAAUUUUUAAACGUAAAUUUUGGAAAAUUUCUCGGGAAACUACUUUUCGUUUAUUUGGCAUCUAAUUUGCAUAAAUGUACGUUGAGCGUCACCUAUUCGGCUGUAGGCGUGAGUAGUCAUACAGCUGUUGACUGGGCGAAUUUCAUAUGCCACAUUGAGUGUUUUAUAGUCUAAUUUUACCGGAAUGAAAAUUGGAUGGACCUGGAAAGGUUGUCGAAAUUGACGAUAUUGUUGUGAGCAAAAGGAAAAAACUAGGAGAGCGGUUCGACCUGUUUGUUCAGCAUACGAAUAAGUUUUAUCCAGAAGCGGGACGUGUUUUAGUUUGGAAAGAGCCAGAUAUUGUACUUUUAACCCUGAAAGUAAGUACCAAUAAAUCCGAAAAUCGUAAGAUGAAGAAUGUAGACAUGUGUUAAGAAUGCAGAAAAAGUUUCUAAGAUGGAAAAGGAUGAAGUUACGAAAGAAUCAUCCGAACUAUGUUUUUACCGAAUAAAUCGGAGAAAAGGAAUUAUCAAUAGAAAUAUGUCAAUGUCUUGGUGAAUUGCAAUAUCACACAUAUAGGAAGAAAUAAAUAAUUUUGAUUUAGCCUUCAUCAGACUUUCUUCAAAAGGAUGCUGUCAUUGAUAAUAUUAAAUAUUCUGUCAUUGACCUGCCAGCAAAAACUUGUAGAGGGAAAGAAUGUUUUGCUGAUAAUUGCUGAUGAUGCUGGAUUAGAAACUGAAAUAUAUAAUAAUUCUGUUUGCAAGACACCUAAUUUAGAUAGGCUUUCAAAGCGUAGCAUUAUAUUCAAAAAUGCAUUCACAUCUGUUAGCAGUUGUUCUCCUAGUAGAUCAGCUAUAUUAACUGGAUUGCCUCAACAUCAGAAUGGAAUGUAUGGAUUAUAUCAGGCAAUGCACCAUUUUAGUACUUUUGAUGCAGUGAAGAGUCUCCCUUUUCUUCUCCGCAAGCACAAUAUUUUUACAGGUAUAAUUGGUAAAAAGCAUGUUGGACCUGAAAAGGUUUAUCCAUUUGAUUUUGCUUAUACAGAAGAACACCAUUCUAUUUUACAAGUUGGAAGAAAUAUUACACGAAUAAAAGAACUAGUGAAAAAAUUUUUUCAAAAAGUUAAUUCAAGACCAUUCUUUUUAUAUGUGGGUUUUCAUGAUCCUCAUCGCUGUGGUCACACUCAUCCUGAAUAUGGUGCAUUUUGUGAAAAAUUUGGUAAUGGAGAGCCAGGGAUGGGAAAUAUUCCAGACUGGACACCUACUUAUUAUUCACCCAAUGAUGUUAUUGUACCUUAUUUUGUGCAAGAUACUUCAGCUGCAAGAGCUGAUAUUGCAGCACAAUAUACAACAAUUAGCAGACUAGAUCAAGGAAUUGGGAUAUUAAUGGAAGAAUUAAAAACUGCUGGAAAGUUGGAUGAUACAUUGAUUAUCUAUUCUUCUGAUAAUGGCAUCCCAUUUCCUAAUGGCCGUACAAAUUUAUAUGAUUCAGGAAUAAUAGAACCAUUUCUUUUAAGUAAUCCUAAAGUUCAUGAACAGUGGGGAAAGGUUUCUGAAGUUUUGGUAAGUCAUCUGGAUAUUACUCCAACAAUUUUAGAUUGGUUUAAUGUGCCAUAUCCAAAUUAUGAAAUUUUUUCACAACCUGUCUCUCUUAGUGGAAAGUCAUUAUUACCUUAUUCAACAAAUAAACCACAAAACAAAACUCCCAAGUUUAUUUUUUCUAGUCACAGUCUUCAUGAAAUUACCAUGUAUUAUCCAAUGAGAUCUGUAAGAAGCAAACAGUAUAAAUUAAUACAUAAUUUAAAUUAUAAAAUGCCUUUUCCAGUUGAUCAAGAUUUUUAUAUAUCUCCUACUUUUCAAGAUUUAUUAUAUAGGACUCAUAAUAAUAUUUCCACUCAUUGGUUUAAAGAGUUGAAACAUUACUACUACAGACCAGAAUGGGAACUUUAUGAUAUAAUUAAUGAUUCUAAAGAAACAAAUAAUUUAAUAAAUCAAUCAAAAUAUGCUAAUGUGACUAAAAUUCUUAAAAAAUCUCUCAUAAAAUGGCAAAACGAAACUAAUGAUCCUUGGCUAUGUUCCCCUGGAAGUGUAUUGGAAAAUAUUAAGUAUUAUAGAAUGCAGUCUCAUUGUAUGCCUUUAUAUAAUGAUGUGUAAUUAUAUAUAAUGUCAAUAUAAAAAAAAAUAUUUUGAGUUCAAUUAACUGGAAACACUUUUUUAUUUAAGCAAAAUUGCAUAAUAAUUAACUUUUCAGCAGUGGGUUAUGUAAUGGAGAAUAAACGUGGGAAAUUUUUAAAGUAUUUUUCCAUGCAUUUUUUCUCAUUACCGUUUCAGAAAAAGAUUUUGUAAACAGUUAUGUCUAGUAAAGAAAAAUCUUUUCUUAUUAUUACAUAAUUCCUUUUUUUAAUGUGAAUUUUUUUUUUCGCGGUAGUUAGUUUUCAGCAAUAUCUGCAAAAGAACUUUGCGGAUAUAUCCAUCCUUCACACUGCCACACGAUCGUCCUUGACGGAUGUAUCCAUCGGUCACUCCUGAGUGGUUAAUGAAGGUGCCACAUAUUCUUAGUGAUUGAUUUCAACGGACUAUGAUUAAAGAGUGUAGGAUUUUGUUCUGGAUUUGGAAGCCAGAAAUAAUUAUAAUUUCCACUCAAAUAAAUGGCAUUAACUAAACUUUUAA